GCUAAUACCACGCAUGUCAGGUGUAAUAACCGUCGGUCUAGACUGGAAACAGUGUCUGGGGACUAUUUAUAUCGGCCGAACGAAAGUGAACAUCACGUUAAACGCUUCGCAGUCGCGGCUUUAACCGGUAUCAGUCUGACAGACGAUAUAUAUGUUUUUUUUUCUCCAUUUUGUACUUGUGUUCUGUUUCGACAGUCGCAUAUGCGAGAUUAUUGCGGCUUUGUUUUUAGUUGUAUUCCAUUUUAUUCUAUGCGUAGUCGUCAUCCGACGAUCGCUGGGACUCCGUAUAAAAUCAGCAUAAUCAGAAAUUCUACCCAGCAGUUGGUUCUAAGCCAUUGACGGAGCCGGACGCUCAUCGUGCUUUCGGUCUGGAAUAGUUGAUCGGUUUCCCACUUUACCUGGCCCUCCAGUAAUUGUGCAGUGAAAAAUAAGAGCUGCAAGAUUUACCCAGCUAGAAGUGAAGUGAAAAUUAAUAGAGUCAAAAGACACCUAAUUAUAAUUAUAGACUCCGUGUUUAAAUCGUAUCUACAUAAACACAGUCAAGAAGCUGUCUCUCGAAAUGUCAUCGCAUCGGCUUAUUUGCUUUGGCCUCCUCUUCCUGCUCGCUUUGGGCCAAGUGACGUCACAGCGCACGUCACUCGACGUGGCUCUGAGGAACGUCUACAGACCGCUGCGUCUUCUGGGCCUGACUUUUACUGGGCGCUCCGGCGACGAUCCACAAAACGUGCAGCGCGUUCAAAAUGCGGGGAAAACCCAGAGGUCCAAUCCCCGCACCCGAGCCCUGCUGGAGUUCUGCGAUGCGGAGCACGGACCAGGACGACGCAGCCAGGAGCGGCCGACCAGUGUCCACCGCCUGCGACCCGGAGACAUCGAUGUGAUCGGGGCCAUGGGCGACUCGCUGACCGCCGGGAACGGGAUCUUCGCCACGAACCUGCUCCACGUGACCGUGGAGAAUAGGGGCGUGGUGUGGUCCAUCGGGGGGCAGUACGACUGGCGCAAGUACCUCACGCUGCCCAACAUCCUCAAGGAGUUCAAUCCGAAUUUGUACGGCUAUGCGAUCAAGGACGGCAUCUCCACGGACCGCUCCUCCCGCUUCGAUGUCGCCGAACUGGCCGCCAUGUCCAGGGACAUGCCGUACAUGGCCAAGGUCCUGGUGAAGCGCAUGCAGCGGGAUCCCAAGGUGAACAUGACCGAGGACUGGAAGCUCAUCACCCUCUUCAUCGGCAACAACGACUUCUGCACGGACAUCUGUUACUAUCCGGAUCCGGAGAAAACCGUUGACUGGCACGAGCGGAACAUGGUGAAGACCUAUCGCUAUCUCAGGGACAACGUGCCACGCCUCAUGCUGAACGUAGUGCCCGCCCCCAACCUGAGGUUCCUCACCAACCUCUCUGGGUUGCCGCCGAUCUGCUACAGUACUCUCCGCUUCGAGUGUCCCUGCCUGAUGGGCAAGGGCAAGGCGCAGCUGGACUAUCUGGAGGGCAUCAUGAAGCGCUGGAUCGCCAAGGACUCGGAGAUCGCCAACAGGGAGGAGUUCAACACCGAGACAUUUACUAUCAACGUGCAGCCCUUUUCACAGUUCAAAGACUUUCCGCGCACACGCUCUGGAAAAACGGAUACUCGAUUCUUCUCGGAGGACUGUUUCCAUCUCAGCCAGCGAGGACACGCUUCGGCGGCUAAUUCGAUAUGGAACAACAUGCUGGAAAUGCCCGGGGAAAAGAGUGGAUUCGCCACCCAUCUCUUCGAGACCUUUCGAUGUCCCACGGAGCAGCGUCCUUACCUCAUCACCCGGGAGAACAGUCGUCCGGAGUUUGUGAUCUAAUCCAAAGUGGGCCUGUUCUCCUCUGUGAACUACUCCCUGUGAUAUCGCGCCUAAGUCUUCUCUCCAAGUUUGCCCAUUUAUUUGUAGUUUUAAUUAGCCCCUCGCUAAGUGUAAAUAUUCUGUGAGAAUCAGAAAGUCAAAUAAAAUGAUAUUCUUGAAUUACGUGA